AUGGAAUUGUUAUGGAUACCAUUAUCAAAGAAAGUAAUCAAACCAUUUGAUGGUAGUUCACCUCAACUUGAGGACGACCCAUUAGUGUCCAAUGUCAAAGACAAGUGCCAUGAAUAUGACCAAAUUGUACCAACAACAUUAGUACCAGUACCAGUACCAUUAAAGGAACCCAACAAGAUUGUACAAGUCAACACAAUGGAGGAGAACAACAUGUUGGCAACAAUCAAGAACAAACGAACAGAGAUAAAUACUAUAAUGUAUCAACUUAAUCAACUUCAGCAGAAGAAGAAGGUAUUGGUUGAGAGGUUCAAAGACUGUUCUAGAUUGGUUCAAGAGGAUAGUAGAACCAUCAGAGGAUUAGAGUUUAAUUCAACAAAGUACAGCAUUGCCAGGAUACUCAAAGACAUUGGCGGUGUGCCCCUUGUUCAACAACCAUUAUGGGAGUUGGCUCCCAAUGAGUUGGUCACUCAGAUCGAGCUGAUACUUGAACCUUUGGAAAGAUUGAUCGAGGCAGAGAAGCGUCCAAAGAACCAAGCAGAAUUGAUUGAGAGGAAGAAUAAGUUUAGGAAGUCUCUUCGUGGAUAUGUUGUCAAGAUGAAAGACUUGGAGAAAAGGAGAGUAUUCCUUGAGUCGAGGAUAUCAAGGAACAAAGAGAAGAUGCAACUACUCAGUAUGAACAUUGAAGAAUUGGGCAUAUCAAGUUUCAAGGAGAAGUUAUCAACACUCUACUUGGAUAUUGAUCUCCUUCAAUAUCAGUUCAACAACAAACAGUCAGGUGAUGGAAAAAUUCCUAACAAGAUCGAAAAGGAGAAAGAGAAGAUAGAAUAUGAAGUGAUGAAGAGACAGGAUGUAGAAGUCGAGGAAGUUAGAGAGGUAGUCUACAAAGUAGAGGAGAGUAGUUACAACUAUGGAUAUCCAAUCUUCAAGUCAUUGUUUGACAAUAAUGUAGAAGACAACGACUCUGAAAUUGAAGAUGACAGUCAACUUAGCAAUGAUGAUGAUGAAGGUGAUGAUUAUGAGGAAGAUGAGGAUGAUGUGGAUGAUGAGAGUACGACUGAUGAUACACUAUCGGCAAUAGAGUCAUCACCAGUUACAACGAUGAUGACUGGUCGUAGUAGUAAGAGGAGAUUGAAGAGGAUGAUAGCACAACAACAGCAACAGCGGAAAAGGAAGACAAAGAGACGUGAAGCAACCAAACGCGCUAAACGCAACGAGGAUAAAUUGUUGCGAAGAUGGUCAAGAGCAAACCCCGCUGUCACUUCGAUCUUCAUCCUGUUCAACAUCUGCAGAGCCAUUAUCAAACCAAAUUGA